AUGAAGGUUACCUUUAGAGAUCUCAAGCAGCAGAAAUUCACCCUCGAAGUCGAGCCCACAGACCUGAUCUCCGCCGUCAAGGAGAAGAUUUCUGCCGAAAAGGGAUGGGACCCUAAGCAUCAGAAGCUCAUCUACUCAGGCAAGAUUUUGAAGGAUGAGGAGACAGUCGCCUCGUACAACAUUGAGGAGAAGGGCUUCGUUGUCUGCAUGGUGAACAAGCCCAAGGAAAAGCCAGCUGCUGCUGCGCCGUCCGCCGCUGCUCCUCCCGCCACACCAGCCCAACCCGUCGCAGGCACUCCCGCCGUCCCUGCUGCUCCUAACCAGUCGUCCGUUGCUCAAAGUAAUGCGCCUCCCGCGACACCGACCCCCAACCGCGGCACCGAUGCCGAGGCCCCUGCUGGCGGCGACUCGGCCGGUCUCACCAUGGGCGCCGAGCGCGCUGCCGCCAUCACAAGCAUGGAGGCCAUGGGCUUUGAGAGAAGCCAGAUUGAGGCUGCUAUGCGUGCUGCCUUUAACAACCCUGACAGAGCUGUCGAGUACCUUUUGAACGGCAUCCCUGACAACAUCCAACAGGAGCAGCAGGCUCGUCAAGCGGCCGCUGCUGCUGCGUCUGCUGCCCCAGCUGCUGCUGCCCCUCAAACGACACAGACCGGUGGCGAUGAGGAGGGUGGAAGCGUCAAUCUGUUCGAUCUCGCCGCCCAGGCUGGUGGUACUGGUGGAUCCCGUGGCGGCAGCGGCGAUGCUGCUGCUGCUGCUGCUGCUGCUGCCGGUGCUGAUCUCGGAAACCUAGAUUUCCUGCGCACCAACCCUCAGUUCCAACAGCUCCGCCAAGUUGUACAACAGCAGCCCCAGAUGCUAGAGCCUAUCUUGCAACAGCUCGGCGCUGGUAACCCCCAGCUUGCCCAGCUCAUUGCCUCUAACCCCGACGCUUUCCUCCAGCUCCUCGGCGAGGAUGCCGAAGACGACGUCCCUCUGCCUCCCGGCGCCCAGGCCAUUUCUGUCACCGAGGAGGAACGCGAUGCUAUUGAGCGCCUGUGCCGUCUUGGCUUCGACAGAGACCAGGCUAUCCAGGCCUACUUUGCUUGCGACAAGAACGAGGAGCUCGCUGCCAACUUUCUAUUCGACCAGCCCGAAGACGAGCAGCCACCCGCGAGCCAAUGA